UUCUUUAAGAUGGAAAAUAUAAUAAUAAAUUAGAGUAUAAAUUAAAGAGAAUGAAUAGCCUUAAUUCUUUUACAUCCUACACGAAAUUAGACUUUAUGCAGAACAUGUGAAAUUAAUGAAAAGUUUGUGAAAAUAGAUGUUUUUCACCAUUUAAGAACGCACUCUAAAUAAAAAAAAAUUACUACAACAGAAGAUAUCAUUGUGACACGUGGCGAUCUGCUGAAAUUACACGUCAGUCAGAUUCCACUUGUCCAUUAUCCAUUUAUUUACCAAGACUGGAAAGGAAUCCUAACUCAGGAACCGUGAGAUUCAAAAAUCAAGAGCACCGAUUCGUAUCAGACAAAAAGCAAGCAAGAAUUUUACCCAUUUAUCUACGCAAGCACCAACAAUCAUUCAGUUUCGAGUAUCAGACAGCCUGCAUAUUCGUUCACAUCACCAUUUUUUUCCUUCUUCAUUUAGAAAGUCGCCAGUUUCGGGAAAUAUUCAGCCGCCAGAUAUUCCUAUUCAAUAGUUGUUGUCUCACGUUUCUUGGUUUCUUUCGGCGAAGCCCACUUCAAUUCCAGUUUUUUCAGCCAUUUUUGGUGCUGUUCGAUUUUUCCUUUUCCAGAUGGUGAAUUGUUGCUGCUUGGUUAUUGCCCUUCUUGAAAACUAGCAAUCUGGGAUAUUGGAAAUGAUGGUUGUGAUUUCAGAUUCUUUUAGCUUGAAGCUAAGCUGUCUGCUGAUCUACUUAUAGGAGAAAGCCUUCAACUUUCAUCUGUUCAUGGAUAUUUGAAUAUGGCCCCUGCAUUAUUUAAGAAAAAGUCUAGUGAAACACGUUCAAAUGAAGUCCCAGCCUCUGGAGCUUUGUCCAGAUCUUUGCACAUUCUACCUUCACUUUCCGAAGAAAAGUACCCCAAACUUCCAGAUUCGCCGCAGGUUACUUUAGUACACGAACUGACUACAAAUCUACUAUCAACCGACACCAGAACUGCUGGGCAUUUGUUUUCAUCGGCCUCUGUUAGUCUUGGUCAUUCUUCUUUGUCGCCUGACUUGAGCCGAUUAAAAAUCCCGCCUUUCAUUUCCGAGCCAUUGAAUGAUAAGGGAUCUUUUCACUCAAGCCAAUCGUCCCCCACGGUUACUGGAGCUAGCCAGUCAGAAAGGAAAAGUGUUUCGUGGACUACAGAUGCCUCGGAUGUGCCUCCCCAUCAUAAUCAAGUAGAAAAUGAUAGAGAUGUGGUGUCAUCGGAAGACUCUGCUAAGAGAACAGACUGGCGAGAGUGGGCCGAUCAGUUAGUCACAGUCGAUGACACGCUUGAUUUGAAUUUGAGUGAUCUCCUUGUUGAUGUUAAUGUUCCAGAUCUUGAUGCCAAGCUGCUGGAAUUGCCACCAGACUUCUCGACAUACCAGCCGCAGGUCCAUCAGCAUCGCCUUCUUUCAGUUUCAACAGGGCAAACGCUUUCUGCAGUUACGUCUCCUUAUGCUUCAUCAGCAACCAAAGCACGGAUGCGUUGGACGCCAGAACUUCAUGAAGUUUUCACGGAGGCUGUGAAUAAACUUGGUGGUGGUGAACGAGCCACGCCAAAAGGUGUCUUGAAACUCAUGAAUGUCGAAGGCCUUACUAUCUAUCACGUGAAGAGCCACUUGCAGAAAUACAGAACUGCGAGACACAAGCCAGAGUCAUCAGAAGGAACAUCAGAGAAGAAAUCGAGAAAUGUUGCUGAAACGGCAUCUCUGGACUUGAAGACUGCAAUGGGGAUAACCGAAGCGCUCAGGUUGCAGAUGGAAGUCCAGAAGCAGCUUCACGACCAGCUUGAGAUUCAAAGAAAUCUGCAGUUUCGGAUCGAAGAACAAGGGAAGCACCUCCAGAUGAUGUUCGAACAGCAGCGAAAGAUGGAGGAAGGAAAGCAGAGAGGCUCGUCAUCGAACAGAGACGAUAACUUCCCAUCACCUACGAUAGAAACGCAGCCUUGUGUUGGUAAAACUGAAGCAGAAUCACCCGACCAUGAUCAGUCCAGCGCCAAAGAGAUCCCACCUCUCGAGCAUGCAGAUGAGGAAGAAGAAUCGUCCGAAAGAAGAACCUGCAAGGACCAUGAGGCGAAUGCCGGUGGUGGGUGCAGCCCACCAACGAAACGAGCCAAGACUGAUGAAACAGUAAACUCUUCCAAGAAAUCAGUUGAUCUCACAAUUUGAAUAUUUUGAGGUAUUUUUAAGAAUCAGAUUCUGUUACCAUUUAUGUAGAUUGAAAGCCUCAUUAUAGAUUGUGAUUGAAUUGAUUCUCACCAGUUUCUGUUUGAAUGAUUGUUCAUUCAGAAAUGGAGUUUGAGAUUUUGUUGAUAUAUGUAGAAUUGCAAUUCAUGCAUAUUCAAAGUAAACUCUAAUUCAUCUUUGAAUUUUAUGUA